CUUAAGCCUAUGACAAUGCCGACGAAAGAAGUCAGACACCAAAAAGAUAGAGCAUCCAAACACGACUAGGGGUCUGCGCACAAUCCGCAGUAUUUCAGCCGACUCUGAAGAGGAGAAAAGGUGAAAGUGAGAGAAAAGUUAUGGAGAAGGGAAGGAGAGUGGUAGUCUCAGCUUUGCAGUUCGCUUGCACUGAUGAAGUCUCCUCAAAUGUCGCCAACGCCGAAAGACUGGUUAGAGCUGCUCAUGGAAAGGGUGCGAACAUCAUUCUUAUACAGGAACUUUUUGAGGGGUACUACUUCUGUCAGGCACAAAGGGAGGAUUUCUUUCAGCGAGCUAAGCCCUAUAAGGGUCACCCAACAAUCCUGAGGAUGCAGAAACUUGCAAAAGAGUUGGGGGUGGUGAUACCGGUUAGCUUCUUUGAAGAGGCUAAUAAUGCUCAUUAUAAUUCAGUAGCCAUUAUUGACGCUGAUGGGACAGAUCUUGGACUUUAUAGAAAGUCCCAUAUUCCAGAUGGACCAGGCUACCAAGAAAAAUUCUACUUUAAUCCUGGUGACACUGGCUUUAAGGUAUUCCAGACUAAGUUUGCAAAUAUUGGAAUUGCAAUCUGUUGGGAUCAGUGGUUUCCAGAGGCAGCCAGAGUUAUGGUUCUUCAGGGUGCAGAAAUAUUGUUUUAUCCUACUGCCAUUGGUUCUGAACCUCAAGAUGAAGGACUUGAUUCCCGUGAUCACUGGAAGCGGGUGAUGCAAGGGCAUGCAGGGGCAAAUGUGGUACCUCUAGUAGCUUCAAAUCGCAUAGGAAAGGAGUUAAUUGAGACAGAGCAUGGAAAAAGUGAGAUCAGAUUCUAUGGGAAUUCUUUUAUAGCAGGGCCUACUGGAGAAAUUGUCGUAGCUGCUGAUGAUAAAGAGGAAGCCGUUCUUGUUGCAGAAUUUGAUCUGGAUAAAAUCAAGUCCAAGAGACAUAGUUGGGGAAUAUUUCGUGACCGGCGUCCAGAUUUAUACAAGGUGCUUCUGACCUUAGAUGGCGACAAUCCUAAAUUGUGAUACCACCCCUGUUACUACCUUCUUAUUGAGGUAACAAAUAAAACCGAUUUUUAACUACUUUCAGUAAUAUAUUAUUCUCCAAAGAUCCGGCUUUGUGGGCAGGUUGGACAUGAACAGUUAGAUAAAUAAUAUCAGAUGAAAGUCACUUAAAUCAGUUAGAUAAAUGUCA